CCGAUCAAUAUGCAGCAAUUUUACGAAUGCUUUUUAAUCCAAAACGUCUGGUGAGAGGGAAAAGGGCUUCUCGCAACCGAAUGUAUUAGAAUCUAAUAUCAAAGAGCAACAUAUAACAGUUUGUGUACCAUGCCUGUUGACUCUGAAGAUAUCAUAAGAGAAGUCAUGGCUGAGGAAGGAGCUUCUCCGGCAGAAAUACCUGACCAUUCAAAAAGACAAGGGGUGAGGGGAUAUGGUCAGAGCGAAUGUGAAAACUGCGACAGAACAUGGAGCACUUACCGGGCACACGUGGUUUUCGACCUCCAAGAACAAGUAGUGGCGAAAAUUUACAAACAGAAGUGUAAACGAUGCAAGCAAGAACAUGUACCAUCUUUUCCAGAGGAUGAGUUUACGGUGAUGAUUGAAAAGGCGAUUAAACAGGAAAAACUCUUCCGAGAUCCGAAUUCAACCCUCAGGAAAGUUGAUGAAGGCGGACGUCGUGGACGUCCUCAACGACCACCUCACGAGAGUAAACUCUGCGAAAAGUGCGGCUAUGGAAACGGGAAAAAAUGCUGGGAGCGAUAAGACCAUGGUUCAGGCUUGAAAAUUUGAUUUGAUUUGAUUUUAUUUCAGCAUUUUUCCAACAGAAAUUAUUAACAAACAUAGUGUACAACAUAAAAAAAAAUAGUGAUACAUUUCUUUUUACAAAAAUAAAUACAAAUAGUAAUUCAUUGGCAUAAAAUGUACAUGUAUAUAGAUAGUAUUAGUUUGCAAUAAUAAGUUGUACUUUGUUGAGGAGACAAAAAAAAAUGCUGGAGACCGCUACCAUAAGCAGUGCUUGACUAGGGUAGCGGCCUCAAACGUAAUAGCG